AUGUUAAUGAUAGCAUUUACAAGCAUGUUACUUGCGCUAUUAAGCAAUAAUGUUGAAGCCAUGAUGAUGGACUCUUCAACAGAUUCAUCUUCAGAUGCAGUUGUAAUUUUAGCUGCUUCAACUAUUUUGGGAUAGGAAAAUUCUGGCCUUUCGGGUUCUGUAAUGGGUGGAACAACAAUUUAUAUGAAAGUUCAAGGGUUAGACUAGACUGCUAGCAAUAAUGCGGUGUAUAUUGGCAAAUAUCCAUGUAUUAUCUCCGACAAGGGAGUUAAUGGAUUGUUCAUGAACUGCAGAACAUCAAAACCAAAUUCAGAUGACAAUAACUUAUCUGGCUUAUAAAUUGUUGUCAAGGUAUCAGGUAAACCAGACUCAGUGUGCGCUUCAAUUUCCUCAAAAUGCCUUUACAGUUACUCUCAAUACUAUACACCAAAAUUAUUUUAUGUUAGUCCAAGAUCAAAUUAUCCAAGAACCCUAAGCUAUUGGAGGGCUAAGUGGGCUGUGUCUAGCACAUUGGUUUAAUAUCUAGAAGGAUAAUUCAUGGGAGCCAACAGAUGUGACAGAUUCACAGUUUAAGAUUAGUAUCCAGAUGAGAUUAAUUUUUGGGAUGAUUAAGUUGUAUGUUAAGUUUCAGCUGAAAUCAAAGCAGGAUAUUAUGAUUAUACUAUUAAAUCAUAGAGUGGAUAUCAAAACAAUGAUGUAGGGGUAAAAUAAAAGAAAGUUUAUUCUGAUAGGACAUAUAAUUCAAAAGUUCUUCCAGUUAUAACUGGGAUAAAUACGAAUUUUGCAUCCCCAGAAGGUUAAAUUUUGUAAAUCUUGGGAUAUGGUUUUAGUCCAAUAGCCACUGAAAAUGCUGUCAAGAUUUCAGGCUAAGCGGAAACUAUUUAAGUUUUAUCAUCAACUCCAACUACUAUUAAUGUAAAGAUACCAAAACUGAGCAAUCUACCAAGUGCUGCUGAUGCUACUGAGAGUUCAGUUUUUAUUUAAGGAAGUGGAUUACAUUAUACAAGAUGGGAUAUUUCAGGAUUGAAUUUAAAUUGUGCUUCCUUCAGAACCUAGAUCAUUACUAACUAAGCUCAAUUAGACAGUAGAAUUUAAUUCAAUGGAAUUUAUCCAGAACCUGAUGUUUAAAACUAAUUUGGAGAAUAUUAUGGAUAAUAUUUCAGAGGAUUCUUAAAAGCACCAUUCACUGGCAAUUAUAAAUUUUAUAUUGCUUCAGAUGAUUGUUCAUAAUUCUUCAUUCAAACUGCUUAAACUAAAUAGGCAAUUAGACCUGAUACAGCAACUGCUGCUAGUGGAUGGAAUCCAUACAGAAACUAUUGGUAUGAAUAUUUGAGUACCUCUAACUCAAUUAAAACAAUAUCUAGCUCAGUUUCUUUAUAAUAAGAUGAAUUCUAUUACAUUGAAGCAUAUCAUCUUAAUGGUGGAGCAGGUGGAUAUCUCACUCUCUCCAUGGAAAUUGAAAGUGCAACUAGAAAAUCUAAUUCAUUGAAUAGUGUCUAUUAAAUUUCAUCAUCCUACACACCAGUUAAAGAAGUAAUUGAAUUAACUUUAUACAAUUCAGCUGGAAAUACUUUAUUAGCAGGUAAGUAUUAACUUUAAUUCACCUUUGGUACUAAAACAACACCAUAGACAACUGUCUAUUAUUCUUAUACUACUGGAGAUAUAACUCCUAAUGCAAAUGCAAAUGCCAUUAAAAAUGCCAUUUAAAACUGUGGUGGCAAUUAUUAAGUCACUGUGAUAGCUACAAAAUUAGAUAACACUGGAGCUGCUUUAGACGAUGCUGCAACAACAUUUGCUGGAUAUAAAUAUACUAUUACAUUUGAUUCUCACAGAGGUACUGUAUAAUAUAGAGCACUUCCAAAAAUCGUCUCACCUAGUUUAAAUGGAGGCACACCAGUGUCAAAUGCUGUAAGAACUCAGGAACCUGUUGAUCCAAUUAGUGGAACCUUUUAAUUAAAGAUUACAAUAAACGGAGUUGAGACUUUAUUCUAAGUAGCAGAAAGCAAUUAUGAUUUACCCUUCGAUGCUUCAUCCUCGUUGAUUGCUGAUAACAUUGAAAGAAUCACUGGUUAAAGACCUUUUGUCUGGACUGUCGGAAGAGCAUAAGAUGGAUGGAAAUGGUACAUCGUUCUAAGAUCACAUGUAGAAGGACUUACUGACUUAUCAAUUUCAAGCAACGUUUUGGUUUCAGGAAAUGGAGAUGUUACUAUUGCUGUCUCUUAACCAAUAACAGAUAGUACUAAUUUAUUAUUUGAACCAAUUCCAAAUGAAUUAUUAUUUACCUAUAGUCAACAUCCCUAAGUUUAAGUUGAGGUUUAAUACCAAUUGAAAGAAAACGAUGUUGUAGUUGAAACUGAAAAUAUUUUAGCUGGUUGUGAAUAAUCUGAUGCCUGUGAUUUCACUUUAAGUGAUGCAAAGACCCCAACUUUAUCUGCUUAUACAGUUUCAGGAUCUCAAUUAUCAUUAACUUUAACAUAAGGAACUGGCUUAAAGGUUACUUAAUCUGACUUAUCAAUAUCAUUUGCAGGAGCUGAUUGCACAAAUAUUCAGGCUACCCUUACAUCACCCCACACUAUCUCUUGUACAUUAGAAUAAUUGAAUGGGUAAAACAUCAAGGAAGCUGGAGAUAAUUAAGUACCUGCUGUACAUCAUAAAUCUAUCGGAUUUUCUAAAGUAGAUGGUGGAGUAACUGGAGAGACUGUUAAUUUGGUUAUAACCUCUGUAUUACCAGCAACAGGAUCACCAGAUGGUGGCACUACUAUUACCAUCACUGGUUCUGGAUUCCCUAAGAAUUUAAAUAGAGAGUUCGCAUUCAAAAUUGAUGGCUAAGAUGUUCAUCCAUUAUCAAUAACAAAUACUUAAAUUGUAUUCAUCAGUCCUAAGAAAGCUAGUGGAGGAACUGGAGCUAUCUCUUUGUCAUUCAACUAAAAAACACUUACUAGUAGUUCAUUUUCAUAUGAUGAUGCUUUGAGAAUGUAAAUUUAAUCUUUAGAAUUCAAUUAAAAAUCACCAGUGUUCAAGGGAGAAAUGACAAUCACAGGAACCAAUUUCGGAACUGUUGUUGAAGAUAUCAAAGUUACUUUAGUAGGAACUAAAUCUUAUAAUGCGAAGGUUAUUUCAGUGACAAAUACUUCCAUCAAAGUUUAUUUAAGAGGAGGAAUGCCAGGCGAAUAUUUAGUCACUGUUACAAGGAAGGAUUAUGGUAAUUCAUAUGCAAAUACUGGUGAUAACUCAUUUAAGUAUAUCAUCCCAAUUACCAGUGUAACUUUAGAAGAUGGCACCAGUUAAGCUAAAGGUUCUGAAGCUGGAGGAACAGUUAUUAAAAUUACAGGAUCUAAUUUUAUUAAGGGAGAAACUCUAGUUUUUGUAGGUAUUGCUAUAAAUUGGCUUUGCGAAAUUGAUGAAAGUAGAUUCACAAGUGAAGUGAUUUAUUGCACAGUUCCAGCAAAAAAUGAAUAUUAUAAUGAUCCAGCUUAAUUAGUUGUUGUAGCAUUAUAAGUGACACUUGAAUCAGUAUGUCUUGAUACUACUAAUAAUUGUAAAUUUACUUAUGAUAAUACAUUGACUCCAGUUCUUAAUGAUUAUCCAGCAUCAACCACUUUGUUUACUGGAUCAAGAAUUUUGACAGAAAGUGACCAUUAGAAACCUGAUUAUUAAAAAUUGGUUCAAAGAAAGAGAUUUUUAUGGACAGAAGAAUCAAAAAAACAAGGAAAUGAUCAUAUUUUAAAUCUUGGUAAAUCCCCCAGAAGAGAUAUGCUUUCAGCUGCUGAUUUAGUGUUAAGUCAAUAAAAGACGUAUGCUCCAUUGGACACAGAAACAUUGACAGGAACAGGAUUAACAAGUGAAGUCUCAGUAGUAUUCAAGGGUCCAAUCACAUAAACAGUUACAGCUACUAUUUCUGGAUCUUCCUUCACUUAUACAAUUCCAAAUUUACCUCAAGGAUAAUACUCAACUUAUAUUUUAACUAAAAAUGGUUAUGCAGAUAAGAUCUGGGUUACAGUAAUUGGAUUAAGUAUUACAUCAAUUGAUGCUGCAUCCAUCGGAGGAUAGCUUCUGACUAUAAAUGGAUAUGGAUUUAAUGCUGACAAAUCUCCAAGUGUUAAAAUUGGAACAACAGAGUGUACUGAAUUAUCAGUAGUUUCCAGUGCAUAAAUUAAAUGUAGAAUGGCCAGAUAAUCAGCUGCAUCUGCAACAGUAACAUUAUCCCAAUUGCCUUCUGAAAAUAAUUCAGCAGUUCCUCUCACAGCCACUUUUAGUUUAACUAUUAAUCAAUCAUCCAAUUCUCCCACUUUCACAGCCAUCAGUGGUGCUUCUUAUGAUUCUACUCAAAAGGCCUACUUGGCUACAGCUGGAAAUGUUGCUCUUGUAUUCACAGGUGUUAGACUUACUGGCACUACAAUAGCUGUUACAUUGGAACAUAUGGGUCACAAGAUAGCUGGAACAGUCUCAGCAUAAUCUGAUACCUCAGUCACAGCUAGUUUCUCAAAUUUACCAGCAGGAGUCUAUUCAAUCAACCUUUUGGUAGAUGCUAAAUAUGCUUACAUAAGUGAUGUUAGCAAAUAGAAAUUAAUUGUUAGUGCAUCUCUACCGACUUCAAAUAAUCCAGCAGUCUCAUAUGCAGGAGGUGCAACAGUAACAUUUACAGGAACUGGUUUUGAUACUGUUAAAGGUUAAAAUUCAGUAAAACUUUGUGGAUUUGAUUGUCCUGUCACAAGUGCAACCUACUCAACAUUGUCAUGUGAAUCUCCAAAAUUAUUGACAACAUCAGUUUUGAAUCAAUAUUCUGCUUUGUAAGAACCUGCUAGAUAUAUUAAACCAUCAGAAGUUACCUUAUCGGCUGAUACAGCAACAUCUGCUAGUAAAUUCUUCGAUUUAUUAUAAUCAACCUAUUAUAUUUCCAGUGCUACUUCAAAUUGUUACAUUCAAGUUGACUUUGGAGCAAAUAGAGUUUUGAAAUUGCAUUAAUUGAGAUACAUCCCAAGAAUCGACAAAUCAGCAGUUCUAUUGAAAGAUGCAGUGUUCCAAUACACAACAGAUGGUACUACUUGGUAGACCUUAUUAACAGUUGAUUAGACUGUGCAUACCGGUUGGAAUAUUUAUGUUCCAUAAGCCGAUAUUUCAGGCAUUAAAGCCAUUAGAUUGUUUGAUUCAAGAGGAUCAACUGGAUCAUCAUGUUAAUUAGCAGAAAUUGAAUUGAAAAGGUUGGGUGUUAUCAAGUAGUAAUAAUGCAUACUCUGUUCCAACUUCAUGUAGUGCAGAAAUCUCAGUCAAUGGAUAAGCACUUACUACAGUAGCAAAUGCUGUUAGUUACUCAGCAAUCCAACUUCAGGCAGAUUUACUGAAGAAGCAGUCAUUACAAUUACUGGUACUGGAUUUGUUAAUGGAUAAACAACAGUAACCAUUGAUGGAGUCACAUGUGCUAUCUAGAGUGUUUCAGCAACUUAAGUUGUUUGUAAAACUGGAGUCAAAGAUCUAGAUUAAACUUAAUUAAAUGGAGUAUUUUAAGUUAGAGUUAAUGGAAACUUGGCAGUGAACAACCAAAAAUUCAUCUAUGCUACCAAAUGGUCAGACAUUAAUACUUGGGGUGGAUAUGAAUAUCCAGGAGACGGAGAUUCAGUUAUUGUUAAUGCUGGAUAAACUUUGAUCGUUGAUGUUAAAACACCUAAAUUGAUGUAAGUCUUAGUUGAAGGAGCUCUCACAUUCUCUGAUGAAGUAGAUACAUCUUUGGAUGCUCAUUACAUUGUUAUUAGAGAAGGUAAAUUCAAUAUUGGUACAGAAUUGGUGGCUCAUUAACAUAAAGUUUAGAUUACUUUACAUGGAGUUGAGGAAGAUGUUUAGAUGCCUGCUAUGGGUAAUAAGGUUUUAGGAUGUCAUCAAUGCCAAUUAGUUAUUCAUGGAAAGGAAAGAACACCAACUUGGACACUAUUAUCAAGCACAGCAUCAGUUGGAGCAACUCAAAUUACAGUCGACGAUGCUGUAGACUGGUAGGUAGGUGAAUAAAUUGUUAUUACUUCCAGUGAAGUUGAACACACACAAAGUGAAAAAACAUUACUGCUGUCAGUGCUGACAAGAAAACAUUGA